AUGCCUAUGGCCUGUGCCUUUCUCGAACCGCUGGGGGAUCAUGGGGAGAGCAUUCUCUCUACAGAUUUCACAGACGAGGCCGAUGCCAAAGACCUGUCUGCGUGUGGUAAGAGGGCGGCGGGGAGGAAGCCAGGGCCAGCGUCCGACGGUAAGACGAGACCCCGCGCCAAGAAGAACGAAGUCACCACACUCAGCACAAGUUUCACUUGCUGGCGCAAGGACAAUCACAUCAAAGACUUCAUUCACCUUUGCGAGCCCAAGAAGUGUACUGUCUCCUUGCUGAACACAUUCGAUUCCAAGACGAUCCGUGCCAUUUUCUUCGGAAUGUUCCGAAAAAGCCCGAACGUGGCCCUCGACACGUUUAACAAGGCGGAUCAGGGCACGGCCCUGAAAGAGGAGUAUGAGAGACUUGGGUCCCCGAUGGGCAGCUGCAGUCCGAUCGACUUGGUUCGCAAAGUGGAGAUAGAGUUGUCCAAGAACCAGGUUCCCCAAGGCAGCAAUGGCUGGGAACUGAAGUACAACAAGGCCGGAAUCCCGUACGUGACCGAGUCAACGGGUAAGAUCAAGAAGUGGGCCAUGGCCUACUAUCAGGAUGCGGUUAGCUCCGCGGAGCAGAUCAGCAGGCCUGUGAACCUGAGCCUGGACACGGUGGAUGAGGAUGCGGGACUUGCGACUCCGGCGACAACCAGCCCGAACGACCCGAUGGAUGCAAUGAUCCCGGUGUGCCACUGCCACCUCUCGAACGCAGAGCAUGCAACGUGCAAUGAAUGUGGGAAGGGCUUCCAUCAGGAAGUUGCACAGGGUAAAGACAUCGAGGCUGCGAAGGCUGAGAAGGCCAAGCAGAAGGAGGAGGAGGAGAAGGCCAAGCACGAUGCUGCUAUCAAAGCCCUUCAAGCUCCUGCUGAUCCGUUAGAGGCCGAGCUUAAGCAACAGGAAGCGGCCUUAAAGGCAGCACAGGAGAAGAUGGAGGAACUCCAGCGAAAGCGAGAUGAGACCAGGCUCAAAGCCGAGGCUGAGGAAACAGCACGCAAGGAAGCAGAGGCCAGGGCCAAGCAGCAGGAGGAGGAGAAAAGGCUCCUGGAUGAGGCUGCAGCCAAGCAGCGGGCAGAGGAGCAGAGGCUCAAGGAUGAGGCGGAGGCGAUGCGCAGGUCAGAGGCUCAGAAGGUGGAGGAGAAGAGGAUCCAAGAGCUUGUGAACCAGCGGGCUAAGGCCUUGUUUGAGGAGAUGCAGGCUGCAGCGAAGGCUAAGGAAGCGGAGAAGGAGAAGGAGAAGGAGAAGGAGGCCAUUGACAAAACCAAGGAGAAUGAUCAGCAAAAGGAGGCAGAGAUGCCGACUGCCCUCUCAACACCGCAAGCCUCCAAGCCUGAGGAUGCACUUACGAACCCCCUCACCGUGGCAGCGCCGGCCGAGAGUCCCGGGCCCAUGGCUGAAGAGAAGGCCGAUGCGAGCAAGAAGCCAGAGGAGAACGAUGCACAGGACAAGGAGUCUCAGCCAGGUGGCGGUAAGUCAAAGCCGCCAGUGGCAGGUGAGUGCUGGGUCCGGCCAAAUGGAACGUCAGCGGGCCGGCUGAUUGUGCCAUCUAUCUCACGGACGGAAGCUAUGUCGGCACAGGGUGACAGUGAGAUGCUGGAGAUGCUGGUUGCGUUGCAGGGUGACAAAGACCAGGUGUCCCCGCCCCGGGGUCAACCCGAAGCCCAGACUCACACCGAAACCCCUGCCAAGCGCCGGUGCUUGGGCUGGGACGGUGACAGAACGCACAGUCCGGACCUCCUGAGUGUUACUCAAGACACCCCGGCCGGUGCCACUGGGGCCACGCCAACAUCAUCAGUGAAGAGCCCGCCCAUGUAUGACCGAUCCGGCGACCGUGUGAUUCGUGAGGUGGUGACGAGGGCCAUCGCUGCACGCAAAGCCGAGGGUUCCGGGGGAAUGAUACUUAUGACAUCUGACGGUAGUGACUCCAGUCCGAUCCGAAGCUUCCCUCCAAUCCCUGAUGCCCAGCCCGAUCCUGUUCUCGACUCGAACCAGUGCCAGGUCGACAGAGACUCCACCCGCGAGACCCCACCAGCAGACUCAGCCAAAGCUAAAGCCAAGCAUAGUGACGGCAAGCAGCAAACGACCCUGUCCUUCAAGAUCAGCAUCACCGCCACAGAGUCCACUGCGGUUCCUGCCAUCGCAGCCCUGGCCACCGAGCUCGCGCAGCCGAAUCUCGGAGAUCGCAGCGAACUGGAUCCGCCGGCUGAAAUUCCUGCCCGAGACAAGAAGACCAUUCAGGGCAUGCUGGCAGAGCUGGCUAUCAAGGUCGUUGAUGAGGGGCAACGAGUGCUCGCACAUGCCUUGAACGGCAACCUGGACCUGAUGUGGGGCCGGACCCUGCUGGACUUGAAGCCUGCCAACAGACUGCUGCCACAGACAGCAGCCGCUGCACCUCCGCCAGCGCCGGAUCUGCUGAAGCCUCCUGACGUUCGGGUAGCAGACGAAGAGGCGCUGCCUUUCAAGCCUGCCACUCACAGUGGAACGAUACGAGGAACGGAAUACGCAGAUGCUGCCGAACACCUCGCAACAAGGUUGUCUGCUGCAGACUUCGAUGCACUGCUGGAGCAGAUGCUGGACGAUCAGCAGCUGGACGACCCAGUGAAAGCCAAAUCCUGGUUUGGGGCGGUGGACGCCUUGGAUUUUCUCUGCGAGAACUGGACCCUGCUAGCAACCGUCCUGGACCAUGCGCUUCUCCUCGAACCGGAGCAGGCCCAGACACCGGCUGGCGCCGAUGACGGCGAGGGAGCGCGGGCUCCUGAUGAUGAGCAGCCGUGGGAUGCAGAGGCAGCAGCGGAUGACGAUGAUGCUGAGGAAGACGGAGAGGAGCCUGGGGCCGAAGCAUCCGGUUCUCGAAAAAGGAAGCUGCCGAAGAAGGCCAAAACCCCCAUGCCUCAAACAAAGAAUGAACUGAACCAGAUUCGCCAGUCCUUCAGCAAUACAAUGCUGCUAGCUUCCCACUUUUACAAAGACCGUGACCUACGCCUGGAUAUGCUGCUGGUUUCCACAGCUUGCCAGCACAUCCGCAACGCCUACAGCCGGUCUUUGGAAGAUCAGAAGAGCCAGGCUUUGACAAUCGAGUUCCAGGCUUCCCGGGCCAAAGGCAGCUGGUUCAGCACGGUUGUGAACACCCUGCAUCUCAUCCACGAGCCACAGGCACUCCAGCGCAUCAACAUCACUCCUGCUACAGCUGCAGCCAUCUUAGAGGACGACGACUGUUUGGCAACAGAGCCGUGGUUCCUGGAUGAGUGCGAACUGGUGGCUAAGUUUUGGAAACUGCUUGUUGAGCUGUCCGCUGCGAGAUGCUGGUCUCAGAUCCAGUUUACUACGCUUCAACCCGGUGCCCUGGCAGUGGUGCUGAGUCAGGAUCAUGGGCCGUUUAGCACGGCUCAGCGCUUGCUUGACAGGCAACAGGAUGUCUGGACGGCUGUGCUGCGUGCUGAGCAGGCCGUAACCCCGGACUCCAAGGUGCCGCCAGCUGUCAAGGCUGCCCUCACCCAGAUCUUGCAAGAUCUUGGCUGGAAUCGGCUUCAAGUGGCACGGGAGGCCAUGAUGGAGUGUGAAGCUGGGAAUUGGAAAGCGACUGACCGUCGGGUGCAGGAACAGGCACGAUGUCUGUUUGCAGGGCCGGCCCAAACGAAAUGGGACUUGGAAGAUCUCUUCGCGCAUUUGGUUUCCGUGUCACGGUCAGCCAACCUUCCUGUUGCCAUGAACAAGUGGACAAGGUAUUUUUACUGCACCACCAUGGACCGGGGCACGAAGUGGCCCCGGCUGAGGACAACCCUGGAAGAUCAUCGAGAGUUCAAUUCUUCGGUGAUGAACCCAGCACUGAAGGGCGUCUACGGCAAAGCUUUCAAGACUACCGGAAUCAAGGGCCUAGAUGCGGAACUGCGAAAAGCCUUGGUUAAGGUAAAACUGAGCAGUGCAAAGAAGGCUGGGACAGCUUCCAACCAAGCAGCUGCAGCUGCCACGAGCUGGAUCGCCGAAUCUGCAGCAGAUGGCUUCCAGCGUGCUUCCUGCACCUGGGCAGGUUUGCUUUUCGUUUCGAUGGGCUACAGCUACUGCAGCGGUGUCUUCCUGACGAAGGGUGGCGUUUUCAUCAGCCGUCAGGGAAAGCAUGACGGGAAGGUGUUCCUGUCCAUGGGCUUCCGAAAGCAUGCAGCACUGGGAGUGCCCAUGCGACAGCACACAUGCGCGCAGGCCUACUUCACCGUGGAUACAGAUGCCGGACUCGCCCCGACUUGGCUGCACAACGACACACUGUUGAACUCUCAAUGGCAGAGCUUCCCGAUCAAGAUUGUGCACCCUCUCCAAGUGCCGUGCCACUUGCAGGGCUACGGCAUCGUGCUCCAACAGACAGGCCCGCUCCUCCAGCCAAUCCCGGCUGCCCUGCGCAACGGGGUUUUUCUCACGGUCAGUAACCUCAGGGCCUUGCUGGCGGCUUUCCAGAUCCCAAUGGGGCCAAAGGGCAGCGGAGCCGGUAAAUCCGGCAACUUCAUCAAGCAGGACUACGUCAGCCGUGUGCUGACGUUUUUUUUUGGUGAAUCCCUUGAGCCGGACGAACGAGCUCGUAUGACCGCCUUCCUCAUGGGGAGAUCCUCACAGCGGCAGGGGACGAGCAGCAAUCAUGCUGCCCAAAUCCUUGCCGCUUUCCAAAGCUUGAACCCGGAGGACAAACCGCAGUUCACUGAACUAGCAGCUGUUGCCGCAGACGAGGAGAAGCUCAAGGCCGCUCGAGCGGAGCGUACCGACACGCGAGCAGUUCACGCGAGUCCAGCACACCAGACGCCGGCGGUUCUUGGCCGGCUCCUCCCCUACGGAGCCGGCUUUUCCUGCAGGUUCAAUCGGCACCCGGUGGAGCUCCGAUACCAAUGUUUCCUCCUCCACACCGACUCUGGAUUCUUGUCGUGA